AUGGACGCCGCCUCACGAGGACCCCCGCGGGUCAAGAAUAAGGCGGCCGCCGCGCAGCAGAUUUCCGCCGAACAGCUGCUGCGCGAGGCCGUCGACCGCCAGGAACCUGGUCUGGCCGCACCGACCCAACGAUUCGCCGACCUCGAGGAGCUACACGAGUACCAAGGGCGGAAACGCAAGGAAUUCGAGGAUUAUGUACGCCGCAAUCGCCUCAACAUGGGCAAUUGGUUCCGCUAUGCUGCCUGGGAGUUGGAGCAAAAGGAAUACCGUCGCGCCCGAUCCGUCUUUGAGCGCGCGUUGGACGUCGAACCCACGAACAUUCAGCUCUGGCUGAGAUAUAUUGAUGCUGAGAUGAAAGAGCGUAAUGUCAAUCAUGCUCGAAACUUGCUCGACCGCGCUGUGACCAUUCAACCGCGUAUCGACAAGCUGUGGUUUAAAUAUAUAUACAUGGAGGAAAUGCUUGGUAAUAUUCCUGCCACCAGACAAGUCUUUGAGAGAUGGGUCAGCUGGGAGCCCGAAGAGGCGGCCUGGACAGCUUAUAUCAAGCUGGAGAAGCGAUAUGGCGAGUUUGAUCGCGCACGCAACAUUUUCGAACGAUUCACCAUUGUCCACCCCGAGCCCCGCAAUUGGAUCAAAUGGGCCCGUUUUGAAGAGGAGAAUGGUACCUCKGAUCUCGUUCGCGAUGUCUUUGGCACUGCCAUUGAAACGCUCGGUGAGGAAUUCACCGAUGAGAAACUCUUCAUCGCCUACGCUCGCUUCGAAUCCAAGCUGAAGGAGUAUGAGCGCGCGAGGGCAAUCUACAAAUAUGCUCUCGAUCGUCUUCCUCGCUCUCGUUCCGCGAUUCUUCACAAAUCGUACACCACCUUUGAGAAGCAAUUCGGUGAUCGUGAAGGUGUGGAAGACGUUGUUCUGUCCAAACGCCGUGUGUUGUACGAAGAACAAGUUACAGCCAACCCGAAGAACUAUGACGCAUGGUUCGAUUACGCUCGUUUGGAGGAAUCUGGCAAUUCUCCCGACCGCGUGCGAGAAGUCUACGAACGAGCAAUCGCCAAUCUCCCUCCGAGUSAAGAAAAGCGUCACUGGAGACGCUACAUUUACCUGUGGAUCUUCUAUGCCAUGUACGAAGAACUCACUACCAAAGAUCUUUCGCGUGCCAAUCAAAUCUACGGAGAAGCACUCAAACUCAUCCCUCACAAGAAGUUCACCUUUGCCAAGAUCUGGAUCCUCAAGGCGCAACUACAUAUCCGACAAGAUGAUCUAGUCGGUGCAAGGAAGACUUUAGGCAUGGCAAUUGGAAUGUGUCCCAAGACAAAACUCUUCCGCACAUAUAUUGAAAUGGAGAUGAAGYUGUUCGAGUUCGCAAGGUGCAGAACCUUGUAUGAGAAGUGGAUCGAGUUCGAUGCUUCCAACUCACAAGCUUGGAUCAAAUUUGCGGAACUGGAGAGGGGUUUGGAGGACCUCGACCGCGUGCGAGGGAUCUACGAGUUGGGUACUCAGCAGGAAGUCUUGGAUAUGCCGGAGUUGGUGUGGAAGUCUUACAUCGACUUCGAGGAAGAGGAAGGAGAAUAUGACAAGACUCGCGGACUAUACGAACGUCUGCUGGAAAGAACACAACACGUCAAAGUCUGGAUCAGCUACGCCCAUUUCGAGAUCAACGUCCCCGACGGAGAGUUCGAAGAAGACGAGGAAGAAGAAGCGCCCAUCUCCGAGGCGGCGAAGACAAGGGCAAGGAAGGUCUUCGAGCGUGCCCAUGAGGRAUUCAAGAAGGAAGGUAUGGUGGAGGAGAGGGUGCAGUUGUUGACUGCGUGGGAUGGAUUUGAGCAGACCCAUGGAAGUGAGCAGGAUAAGGAGAAGGUCAAGAAGAUGUUGCCGAGGAGGGUGAAGAAGAGGAGGAAGUUGGAUGAUGAUAGUUUCGAKGAGUAUCUGGACUAUGUCUUCCCGGCUGAUGACGAAGGCAGCGCGAAGAUGAGCAAACUUUUGUUGGCGGCGCAGAAGUGGAAGGAGGCGAACGCUGGUGCGGCGUAG